UGGCCGCUUGUCAUCUAAAUUAAAUAUGCCAUUAUAAUACUGUGUGUUGAAUAACUGAGCGCUGCAAACGACCUACCACGUUCGCAGCCAUGGUGGGACAUAGAAGAUGCUUCUUGCUGCAGUGUUUUAUUUUGACGGCUUUUGAAGGCAUUUGGUUUACAUGCUCGAUGGUUACACCAGGGAUAUUAGAAAAACUCUAGUAUUAUCUAGUAUCUACUGUGCUAACGGAAGUUUAAUGAGUGAUAUACUUGCUAUUUUGGCCAGGUGGGCCAUGUCUCGGGUCGACAGCGCGCGUGUUUGAGUUGGAAUUUGGACCAGGGAAGGUGUUCUGGUGGUUUUCGCACCAGAUAUAACGUGGCACCGUAAGAUAUCGUAACCCCUUUUAACCACGAUGUUUUCUUCGAAUUAAACUAGUAAUAUUUCUGCUGGCAUUUGGGUAGGUAGGCUAUCCGAAAUCGAAGGACAAGAAAACACCUGCAUCACAUGGGGAUAUUUUUAUACCGGUUGGUGGCUCUAGCACUGCACGUCCCCCUUGUCUCUGGCACCUCAAACGCCAUUGAAGUUGCCAGGAACUACUCCAAAGCCUAUGAGGACAUCGCCCUUCUGUGCAGAAGAGAGAAGCUCAAGUUCGGCACCUGCCUCAUUAACCGGCUGAAAUGUUACUAUAAGAAGGACUGUGGAAGGGAGUACAUGUUGAUGAAAUUAAUCUGCUCAGUGAGCUCGAACCAGAGCAGUGUUCAUGAGUACCCAGACUGCCGUGAUGGGGGCAGCGAGGCCAGCCUGCUGGUGUCUCCGCUGGUGGUGGCUGGCAUCGUCAUCGGCCUGGUGCUCUUCCUGUCCUGUGUUACCAUCAUCGUGGGCAGCCUGCGCAAAGACAGCCGUCUGCGCAACCCCCACCUGCGGGCCAGCUAUGCUCCGGAUGGCUUUUCGUACGGCGGCUCCAUCGGGGAGCUGAGGUCGACGUGUGUCGAGGAGUUCCCUCCAGCGUUUGACUUUGACUCCUACGUGGAGACUCUAUCACAAGUCAAUGUGAUGUAUCCAGACUCCCCGCCUCACUAUGAUGAAUGUGUGGGACCAGGUGCGACACAGAUAUACGUCCCCACAGAUGACCCCCCUCCGUACUCCCUCACGGACCCCUGUCAGCGGGGCCACCAGCAGGCCACCUACACCAGCCUGGAGAUGGAGGAGCCGUCCACUGGAGCUGGGGCAUCUUGGGUGUCCGCCAGCAGCGCCGCCGCCUCCCACUACCCAAUCGGACUGCACGAGCUCCGGCAGCAGCCAAUAUCCUCCAUCUCCCAGUCAGCGUUCCCCCUGGAGGAGGCGCCCCCGUACGAGGUGGUGGUGAGCAGGCAGAACCAGCCCAUCCCUCUGAUGCCCAUGGACCUCCUCAAACAUCCCUCGGAGGACAGCCAUAGUCCCCAGAGAGCCCGGGCUGUCGCACACAGAAUCCUGUAGAGCUGACUGGGCUAGUCCACUCCAAUGCUCUUCGUGUGGACAGCCACACCCCCCACCCCAGUGUAAGUAGGACAGCCUGAAAUCUCUCUUCUGCUUCUUCCAGUGUCCCUUUGUGCAUGACAGGCAGUAUCAAAAGAGAUGGACUUUCUGGACUGAAGCGGAAACUUUGGGUUGAACCUGAACUCAGUCUGCACCUUCCUUUCCUUCCCCCUACCACUUGGACAAGCUGCGUCCCCCAACUCCCACGAUGUUACCCACACCACUCGUCACUCUCUCUCCCUUUACUACUGGGGCACUGCCAUGAAAUCACAGGGCUACUACUGGUUACCUGGGGCUGGGAGUGUGGUCUUUCUGUCCAAAGGGAAUUCACUUCAUACUGUACAAUGGUCUCAGUUUAGGAGGCAUUCACGCAUUUAGGAAACAUUAUCAAAGUCUGUUUUUAGCACACAAAAAAACACUAGAGGUAACCUGAAGUGGUUUCACAUAGAUAUUCUGUAUGUACUGUUGGUUCUUGUUGUGUUGAAAUGGAAUCGCUCUUGAUAAAAAACACUCUAGAAAGAAUGCCUAAUUUCACAUUCCAUCACAUAUCCAUAUGGUUUUAUUAAUAUUUUCUACCUGCAAAUAAUAUUUGAUUUAUAUUUAGUUGACUUUAGGACUCCGACAGUCUGUAAAAUGUCCAGUAAUUUCAACUGAUAAAUAUACCCCAGUGUUAUACACUCUUAUUAAAAAAGGUUCUAUCUAGAACCUAAAAGGGUUAAUCGGCUGUCCCCGUAAGAGAACCCUUUGAAGGAACCUUUUUGGUUCCAGA